AUGUCUAACCCAGACGAUUUAAACGAUGGACUUGCUUAUGAUUUUGAUUCUGAACAGGAAGCAGUUCUUGACGCUCAGAUUGGCAGUUCUUCAAGCCAAACGUCACAAAAGAGACCUCUAGAAGAUGACGUUGAUGAAACAGAUGGAAAAAAAGCAGAGAGGAGUUCAGAAGAUGAAUCGAAAAGACUAAUGUCCAAAAGACAGAAGAAGUUGCAGAAAAAAUCAAAGCUCAUUGAAAAAAAGAAAGAGGAAAGUCAAUAUACUGUCUCACAACGAAAAGCGAUUCCUACAAGUUCGCCCGAGAAAGUUGUUGAUUACCUGACGACUUUGAUACGAGAAAAGAAUCCUGACUUGAGUGUUUUAGAAUUGGAGGAAUUAUAUUUCAAAAAGAAUGAUUUUCUCUCGACAGAAAAGUUUGACGUUGAACGUAAAUUAACUAAUUUUCCAGCCUUUAUUCAAAAGUUCUCUGUAGCACCAAAGAAAAUUGUAUUUUCCAUGUCUAAUAUUAGAGUAGCAGAUGUUUAUCGUAGUCUAAAUGGUGGCAAGAAUUGCGUAAAAUUGUUCUCUAAAAAUAAACUAAAGGAUGACAUACUCACUCUGGAUCGUUUACUUGGUGACGGGUCGAGAAAAUCGAAAAAUAGCAAAGAUUCUCUUUAUUUUAUUGCCACGCCAACAAGAAUGCAAAAGUUAAUAGAGGAAACCGACUUAUUAUUUCAGGGUAAGGAAAAGCUAGAUAUUAUUCUUGACGCAAGUUAUUUGGAUCCUAAGGAUAAUACUAUAUUAUCAUUCGAGAAUGCAAUCGUUCUCUUUCAAGUCUUGAAAACCUUUCUGAAUAAAAAAAGCUCUGUGAAAGUGUUAUUAUAUUAA